AGCAGGAGAUAGGGGUCCAUGCGGCUAUCAAUUUACAAAGUUUGGUCUCCUCUACAAAAAGAUGCUAAUGGAGGAGGCUAUCAAUACAACCCACCACCAGAUAAUAGCUAUUUACCACCAGAUAAUAGCUAUUUACCGCCAGCUACGUCGCCACCGGCUCCUGUAUACGGUCCUCCACCAUUGCCAUAUAACUCACAACCACCAGUUUUUUAUAGACCAUCUUAUCCAACACCAUAUCAUACGCACGAUUCGUUUUUGGAUAAGCUGAAAUCCAAAAUAAGUCUCCUAACAAUUGGAAAAUUAAUUUUAAAGCUAUUAAUAUUUAAAAAAAUAGUUAAAUUUAUCGGAAUAAUUUGUUUGCUUCUGGUGUUACCGAAGCUAAAGAAUAUGUUUCACGAUAGCAUGCCCAUGGAGGAGGACGUAAUGAGCAGCAAAAUUGUGCAGACUGAUCAAGAUCAAUUACAAAAACAAAUAAAUGAGGUUUAUGAGUUUAUAAUGAACUCCAUCCAAUACCUCGAUGAAGAAAGUACCUAAAAUGUAAAUGUCAUAAAUCGUGACAAUUUACAUAUGUUUUUACUAU